AUGAAGUCUCAGCUAUGGGCAAAAGAGUCUCAAAUUGCUGCAAUGAGGUCAAAGAUUUCGGAAUUGGAAAGAAAGCUCACGAAACGAAGCGAUGAGUUUUACGAGCUUAUGGCUGAAAAGGAUAUGAUUGCUCAGCGAUUAGCGCAGCAGGCAAACGCUGAUAGUGUCGAAGAACUCAAGCUGUCCCGGAAAAAGGUGCAAGAACAGCGGGACGUUCUUCUCGAAGAAUGCACUCAAUUGAAAAGAAAGUGCAUGGCUCAUGAAGAAGAAGUACGAGCUAUGGGUGAACAGCUUCGUCUAGCCAAAUUCAAUCUCAGUGAAAACAAAAAAGAAUUUGAUCAGUAUAAGGAAAAAGCCCAGAAGAUUUUGCAAGCGAAAGAGAAACUGGUAGAUUCUCUAAAAGCAGAGCAAAAUACGAGUGAUUCUGCUGACCGUGGACAUCCUCUGCAAGCUGAACUGGAGGAAAUGAGAGUAGAAAGAGAUCUUGCCCGUGCGGACCUUGAAUCUGCUCAACUAAUGGUGUACAAUUUACGAUCAGAGAUAGAGGAAGUAGAAAACCAACUCAGAGAAGAGCAGAUGAAGCAAAGCGAGCAGAGGAGACAGUAUCUGGAAGAGAAGCAGAGUUGGCAUGCUACGGUAGCCCUUCUGAAUGAAAAAGUGGAUUGUGCAAGGUGGGUUUCUUAUCAUCAGUGUUUUUAA